AUGGAGGUUGACAAGGAACAACAUAAGGAUAUCCCUGACUAUAAUACAGAAUAUGAGCUAGAUGAUGUAAACCAAGAAUAUGAUUCGCCUACAGAGAACGGUGAAAAUAAACACAUUCACUACAAUAGCCAAUCAGAUUCAGAAGAAGAAAUCUACAAACUAGUUCCUUCAAAAUCAGAUAGGAAGAGAGGCAUGACUCGAUUGCCAAAAAUAAAGACUAAAUAUGUUAAUUCUGGUGGAAAAAAAAGCGUGUCAGGUUUGAUGAAUUUGCACUAUUUUGAUGUUCAUGAAAGUGGAAAACAAUUUGUGAUGAAUAGACUUGGUAUUCUUCUAUGGAAUUUCAGAAGAAAGUUGUAUGCAGAUUACAUCAAACCACAUCUACGCGAUACCGAUAUGCUUGAAAAAAUCCCAGUUCGUUAUCGUGCACUAAUCACUGAACAAGAUGCUUGGAACAAAUUUGUGACUUAUACGCAGUCUCAAGAGACUAUCAAAGCGAGAAAGAUGUCAAAGUAUGAUCAUCGGAUGGGACGAGGGGGGUAUACAACUCUUAGGAGGAAGUUGAUUGAAGAGAAUGUGAUUUCGAAGGAGGAAAUUCCCCCAAGGUCAGUUAUGUGGUGUAAAGGGCGUGAAAGUAAAGGAGAAUUUAAGGAUGACGAUGUUAAAAUCAUGGCUGAUAAACUAAUGGAACAUGAGAAGCAAAUAAAAGAAGGACAAGUAAACGUUGAACCAGGAACGGAUGCCAUGACCUUAGUUUUUGGAAAGGAAAAGGGCGGAUUUUUAAAGGGUGUCAGCACGGGAGUCACUUACAACAGAUAUUUCAAUGUUCCUCGUAGCAAAGGGUCAUCUAAGGAAGAAAUUAAAGCUCUUAAAGUUGCACUGCAUAAUGGAAAACUUAAGCUUGAGAAAAAAGAUGUUGAACUCAAGGCUUUGUCUACAAAGGUUAAUGAACAAGAUCAAACACCAAAGCUACUUUUGGCUCAUCUUAAUGCAAAACGAGCUGACUUUCCAAAUCUGUCUCAUACAAUUGUUAUUCCAAAACCCAACAAAAAACUUGUUCAAACGAAAUCUGCAACUGCAGCACCCGAUGCAAAAUUGAUUUCCAUGAAAUCUGCAACAGCAAAUAGAAAAACCACCAAGAAAACUGUUGAGUCUCAGACUACCACUAUCAAUCAAAACAUACCAAAAGUUUCACCAAAUAAUCCUAUUCACCAGCCAAUCAAGUGUAGUCUAUCAUAUCCGUAUAAAAGGAACAUCGUUGCCCGCGGUUAUUCCAAAACCCAACAAAAAACCUGUUUAAACGAAAUCUGCAACUGCAGCACCCGAUGCAAAAUUGAUUACCAUGAAAUCUGCAACAGUUACUAA